UUGACCACGGCAACGGUUUGUGCUAUGGAAGUAAGGCGGCGCAAGCCGUUUAAGAUUUGCAACUCAGCGCGAACAAAAGCUCUAGGAAUCGUCGCAGAAAGCCUGAGAGAAGUUAAAGAAAUCGCAAGUUUAAAAUUUGGGUCGGUAGCAGCAAACUGCCGGGUUUGUCUUAACAGUGAUGGAACGGAGAUCGACAACGAAGAAUAUUUCAGCUUCCUUGAAGAUCAAACUAAACUCAUGAUUGUUUGUGGUGGAGAAGAGUGGACAGAUGACCUUUUGGGUGGGAAAGAAAAAGAAACUAACACAAAAUCAAGAAAAGGUAAAACAUUAUCAACUAGGGCAGAAGGAAGGGAGACUGAAGUUGCAAGAGAUGCCAGCAAGUUACUAGAGGUUAAAACAAAUAAGAGCAAUGCAUUUGCAACAAACUUUGCCUUAGAAAAUGGGAGCAGUGGUGAUGAUGUGUCAUUGAUUGAGCGUUUGAACCAAUUUGAGAGCCCAUUAGUAAAUAAAAGAAAGGCAACUGAGCAAGCCAAGAAAUCCACACCUCAAGGACACAAUCUGCAAGCUGUUAAUAAUUUGAUUAAGCGUCAUUCAUUGAAAGAGCAAAGAAUGGCUCAUGCGAGUGUGAGUAGCUCAAGGGAGGCUGUUUUAUGUGCAUCAACUUACGAAAGUUUAUUCACUGUGCCUAAACACUCGCGUCCAAGAAGGAAAGGAGCUUUAGAAACAUCUGCAUUGAAAGUGACAGAGUGGCUUUGUACAAAUAAUGUGUCACCAACUUUAGAUGAGCAAGACAGUGACAGCGAUGAGGGUGCCAUUGUUGUAGGCAGUAACAGUACAGUUUCAGAGGAGAAUAGAGUUGACGAAGAACCAGCCACAGUGGCCAUAAAGAGAGAUGACGGUGGGGAUUCGGAUGAUGGUGAUGAUGAUGGUGAUGAUGAUGAUGAUGAUGAGGAGGAGGAAGAGGGUAGCUCUCUCGAAAAUGAAGAUAAUGAGAGCAGUGGUUGCUGCAUGGUGGAUGUUGAUUGCAAGGAAAGACCCCCAACUGAGAGAAUGGUGCGCUUUCCUGGGAAAGAUGUCGAGUUGCAGACGUGUCGGGUUAAAAUCUACAAGCUGCCUGUUUCUUUGGGCAAUGGAAGGCCCAGAGUCGUUGAAAACUGCAAAAUUAUACCAGGAUGUUUAGCGCCAAUAAAAAUUUUACCGGAAGGCCCGAUAGUGUUUUUAAAAGAAAGAAACACAGUCACUAAAACUACUGCGGAACAAGAAGGGGAAGAAGAAGACAUUAUCGCUUUUUUGGAGGGAAAGAGAAACCAAGAAGUUAGAACUGUGGACUCAAAUAAUGUAGUGGAAGAAGGAAACAGUGUUGAUCACGAAUUUGUCGCGGAGAAAUCCUCCGAAGAGAAAUCAAAACAAAAAGAGGAAGAAGAGGAUGAUGAACAUGGUCCCGGUGUUCAAAGGUCUAUUGGUUACGGGGCGAUAAAAGAUGUAUUAGAAUUGAUGUUUGAAGGUAAUGAAACAGUGAUUCAACAGUCCAAGAGAUCAAUGGGAAACGAUGUGGAACUUGAAAGUGUCACACAGGAUAGUGAUGAAAAGCAAUCUGAACGGAACAAAGAAAGAGUAACGGAAAACAAAAGAGAGGAAGAAUGUGAAGAUGACUUUGUGGAGACUGUUCGUACAGAGAAUUGUAAUGAUGGGGUUGUUGCUUCAAAUAUAAUGGUUGACGAAACUGGGGAUCAGGAACAAGUUAUAGAAGAUUUCACUGAAAAGGAGGGCGACAAGAAUGAAAAACAGGCCGGACUGAAAGGGGAUGAUUUUCAAUUGAUGGAUACGAUUAAUGGAGAGCGUGCAAAUGGGAAAAUGGAAGGCUCCAAAGACGCGCUGAAUAGAGUGGUAGAUGGAAAUGUGCAACGUGCAUUCGUGACGCAAAAUGCUAGUGAAGAGUGUGACGAAAUGAGAGCGGAAAAUGUAGAACUUGACUCACAGAAUGCUGUUGAAGAGACGUUUAAUGUUGAACAUGGGAAUAGUGGAAAUGAAGCUGAGAAUUUCAGCUAUGACACAGCUAUGAAAUCUUACGAAGAAUACAGUAAAGUAGCCUCUACUAACGAAGUGAGAAAGGAAAAUGUAGAACUUGAAGUCGUUACACAGAACCCUACUGAAAAGACGUCGAAUUUUGAACAAAAGAAAAGUGGAGAUAAAGGUGUUGAAGAUAUGUCCGUUGAAGACGUGGAUACGUUUGUCAGGAAUGAAACAGCUGAGGAGUGUACUAACCUUGGACUGGAAAAUGAAAGAGGGAAAAAAUUCAUGGGGAAUGUUGAUGCAUUGGUGAAAAAUGUCGAUGGAGGUGGUGUGGAUUGUGGCAAUGAAGAAGAAGUGGUCACAAUAGAUUCAGCUGCAAACACAGGUGAACGACAAAACGGAACAAAAACGAAAGAAGAUGCACCACAAAAAAAUGUUACUCAAGAUUUGGGUGAUUCGGUACUAAUAUCAGGUAACACAGCUGAAGAAAACGGGGAAGGAGAACUUUCAGCAAGAAAGAAAACCAAAAAGAACGAGGGAAAACUGGAAAUGAAUAAUGAUCAAUUGGCAACAAUUGUUCAUCAAGAACGUGUAGGCGAUCAAGUAAACAACUCUGAGAAUACCUUAGUGGAGGAAACUGUGCAACCUGAAUUGCUCACAAAGAAACCAAAUGAAAAGAAAACUAAGCACAAAAAGAAGCGGAAAGAAAGGAAUAAAUGCGAGUUAGUGAAAAAUGCUGCUAUAAAAUAUGUUGAUGAUCAUGCAUCAGUGGCAGGUGAAACUAUUGAAGGAGACGUGGAAAGUACUUUAGUCAUACGGGAUUGCAUUGCAAAUAACGAACCAAGAAAAAGGAAGAAGAAAAGAUUAAAGUUUAACGAAGAGAACCCCGUGGAAAGCUCUGUUGAACAGUUUGUAAGUGAUAAAAACCUGGUUUCAAAGAAAACAGAAAAAAAUAGUGGGAAACUUUAUGUCACACAGGAGUCUGGAGAGGAGCAAUCCGAAGAUGUCUUGGUAAGUGUUAAUGGGUUGGUAAAUGCCAUUGAUGAAACAGCAGCGUUCACGAAAUCAACGUCAAAAGAUGUGGAACAACGUCGUAAUGAAAAGAAAUCUAAACGUAAGAAGAAGAAGGAGACCGAAAACGAAAGAAUGGAUGAAGAUAGAGAUGACUUUGUGAAAGAUGGUUAUCAAGGAAGUUGUGAUAAUGGUGUAAUAGCAUCAAAGGGAGUGGCGGAGGAAACCAUUGCUCGUUUUUGUGAAGAUGAACGAGAAGAGGAAGACAAAAAAGGGAAGGAUAAGAAAAGGAAACUUUCUCACGGUAAUGACGGAGAAGGAAAUCAUGUUGAUCACAUAGAGAAAAAGAAAAAGAGGAAAACCGAAGAAAAGAGGAAAAGUAGGGAAAAGAAAGGAGAAAGUGAAACUGAAAGGAUACCGGCACUUUUAAAUCUUGGAAAAGCUGAAUCGCUCGAUGACAGCGGCUACAGUGAAAAUUUACGUACUGUGUUCAAACCGAGUCAUCCACGUGCGACAGAAGAAAGCCAUUCGGUGACGGAAUCAACUGGGUCCCAAAAAAAGAAAGACAAAGCCAGCGUUAAGGCUGCAGCUGAUCAAGGUACUGGAAAGAAAAAAUCCAAGACGCUGUUUUCUCUUUUGGACCUAGCAUUAGAUGAUACUGCGGGCCCGAAACACUCAAGUACCCCGUCCAACCUUAAGACGCCCUUGAGCGAGGGAAGAUCAUUUAGCGAAAUAAGAAGACACUUUCGAGAUAAGCCUAAAGGAUUUUUACGUGUAGUUCAAAAUAGAAAAAGAUCUACACCCAUUAGAACAUCAAUAACUAUGCGCAAACCGCGGACCGAACCCAGAAGGAACUUUAACCGAGAAAAAGUAAAGGGCGUGAUACCCAGUAAUGUCAGUUUUGAUCAAGCCUUGGAGGACUACCUUUGGGAAACGUAACCAGAUUGUAUUUCUCGCGUCACGAAACCGAUCGGUUGGCGCAACCUUCAAGGUGUAGAUAUCGCACUGAAUUUUGGACUUCGUGGUAAAUAAGGACUCAAGUAAUCCGGUUAACUUUCUCAUCGCGUUUAACAGAAUAUGUGUGGACAGCUAUGCAACGAUCUGCUGAGAGCGCCAUUUCCUUUAACAAGUGCUUGAAAGGAUUUACCACUUUGGAAGUGAUGUUCCUGAGAAAAAGUUUCCUUUUCACCUUCUUUUCAUGGAUGUUGCAAGGGUUUCCAGUGCAAACUCCGGAAACCUUUUCAUUGCCUAAAAUGUAUAGUUUUCAUGUUAGUAAGUGUACAAAGAUGUAAGUAGUGUUGGGAAAAAAAAUGAUAUUUCUGCGAGAAUGCGUCUAAAACCCUAUUCACACCAGCAUAACAUAUUUAGCUAAAACCACUUGUAACUGAAUGAAAACCUGAAAUACCAUAGUCUUUAAGUAAUCACUAACUUGUAUUUUGAAAGCGCUUUACGACGACGAUUAGUACUUUGAACAACUUCUAUAGAACAAAACAGCUUUAAAACAUGUUCAGGCUUUGGUGUGGUGGGGUAUUUUACGGUUUUGUCUCUGAUCAUGUUGAGAUAUUGCAAAUAGUUCAUUUUGUACCUAGAAAAACCAGCUCUUCUAUCUACGGUGAUCACGAAUUUUUUGUGAAAUUUCGGGCUGUGUAGAUGAGAUAACUGCUCGGAACUAAACGGCUUGUCCGCUUAAAGUAGAGUCUCGUGUCUUUUACCUCGUAGCCUUUACUAAGAAGUAAAAUUUUUACUGGGCGAAGGUCCUCUUUGGAAAGUGUUUACUUUUUAAAACGAUUCACGACCUCAUGGAGGUGGAAGUUCUCUCCUUUUUUUAUGUUACAUAAUGUAAUUGUGCUCUCUGGAAAUAAAAGGUUGAGAUUUA